GUAAAUGAUGACACUUUUUUGGAUGAAUUAUCCCUUUAAUAUACUUCAAUGGUUUUUGACCAGCGAAUACAAGACGUAUUGUUAAAUGUACGCUAAAGUGGUUUUAUCAAUGUAACCACUUCUUCUUUGUCUUUGCUUGGUACUCUGUGCAUAUCCUCUUUAUUAUAAACACUAUUUUUCUGCUUCUAUGACAUGUUUGUUGUUGUUGUUGUUGUUGUUGUUGUUUUUUUCAAAAAUUCUCUAUGCAUGGUAUUUUGGCUAUGAUAACAACACAGCAAAAUCGCCAGUGUGGAAAUUUUGCUGUGAACUGCUAGACCAAGAUGCAAUUUUCUGUUCCUCAAAUACAUAUAUGCCUUUAGUGUUCGUUGAGAAAAAAAGUUACACACUUCUUCAUGUACACUUGCAUUCAAGCAGAGACUAUGGCAGAAUUUCCAAUAUGUGUGCAGCACUUCAUUCACAAUAGAGGCGGGGUAGAGCUAUGAGGUGUUACCAACAUCCAAUAGAGUUACGAGGUUUAGUCACAAGCUCUUUUUAAUAGUUUCAUUGGUUAAAUUUUGGGAAAAACAUGCAAACGGAUGGCAUGGAAGUAAAAAUAAAACAUGGAAGUACAACAGUAUAAAUACCUGUGAUCCUGAAAGUCAUUUCCUAAGUUAAGCUCAAGGUAAGGAGACAACUGUUUGAUAACUACUGUACUGGAGAUGAUGCACUCUCUAUUAUUGUCUUUGUAUUCUUUGUAGGGUUUUACAACAUUAACCAAUUACUUUUAUAAUGAGAAUUCGGUGCAAAUUCAGUUCAGAAUUUAUUGACUAAAUUUCAGAAAACUAUGGAAGGUCACGACAAACUUUCAGACCACACAUCUCAAGAUGAAGAAAGCUAUUUUUCAGACCCAGAAAGUCACGGAACAUUCCACAAUCCUUUCAUCGAGUCUGUUCGACCUCUGAUUGAGUUGAUUGACUCUCUGAGGUUGAUUGGCAUUGAUGAGGACAUUGGCCUUCCAUCCAUUGCUGUUGUGGGAGAUCAGAGUUCAGGGAAGAGUUCGGUUUUAGAAGCACUCUCUGGAAUAGCUCUGCCUCGAGGAAGCGGUAUCGUCACUCGCUGUCCUCUUGAGCUGAAAUUACGGAAACUCAAAAAAGGGCCGUGGUCAGGGACUAUUUCUUAUGGCGACCACAGUGAGACUUUUCAUGACCCGUUAAAGGUGGAUUACCUUGUUAGAGAAGCUCAAAACAAGCUUGCUGGGAAUACGGUAGGGAUCUGCCAUGAGCUCAUCACUUUGGAGAUUUUCUCUCCUGAAGUGUGUGACCUCACGCUGAUUGAUCUUCCUGGUAUAACCCGUGUACCUGUGCAUGGUCAACCUGGUGAUAUUGGGGAACAGAUUAAAUCCUUAAUAUUGUCAUUCAUCUCCAAGAGUGCAACCAUCAAUUUAGUUGUUGUACCCUGUAAUAUUGACAUAGCAACAACAGAAGCACUAAGGAUGGCACAAGAAGUAGACCCAGAUGGACACAGAACCCUCGCAAUUCUCACAAAGCCAGAUCUCAUUGACAGAGGAGCUGAGACUGAUGUCUUAAACGUUGUGCAGGGCAAAGUCAUUCCUCUCAGCAAGGGUUACAUUAUUGUGAGAUGUCGUGGUCAGAGUGACAUCAAUGAGAAAAUCUCCCUUGAUAAAGCCAUGCAAAAUGAAAUAACAUUCUUUAGGAAUCACCGUUAUUUCAGCUCCCUGCUGAAUGAGGGUAAGGCAUCUACUCAAUGCCUUGCAGACAAGCUGACAAAAGAACUGGUGGAUCAUAUCAAGAAAUCGCUGCCAUACUUGACUGAGCAGAUUCAGACCAGACUGCUCAAUGUGCAAAGAGAGCUUAAAAACUACGAGCAAGGUCCUCCUAUGGAAGAGGAGCUGAUGGGACCCUUUCUCAGUUCGAUAACAAUGGAGUUUUGUGAUCUAGUACAUGAACUGAGUAGUACAGGACAUUCAAAAUACGAAAACAUUUACGCUUCUCUACGUCCUGUGUUCAUGAAUUGGGACAUCCAUCUGAGAAAAACGCAAGUGUCAUUCACAGAGAAAGUGAAGGAAAUGAUAGAGAAGUACAAUGAGAUGCAUCGUGGGAGAGAGUUGUUAACUUUCUCAGAUUUCUCUGAAUUUGAGCGUGUCAUCAAAGAGCAUGUGGCAGCUCUUCAAGAACCAGCUAUAGGAAUACUGAAGGAAGUAAGAGAGAUUGUUCAGAAUGAGUUCAAGGUGAUUUGUGAUUUAUCUUUUGAACAAUACCCUCAACUGAAAUACAUAGUCUCUAACAUGAUUAAUGACAUUCAGUCAAAACAAGAGACCAAAGUGGAGAAAAGAAUCAAAGAGUUCAUUUAUAUGGAGCAACUGGUCUUUACCCAGGACACAGUUUUACAACAGAAACUCAAUGAAUCUGACGUCCCUAAAGAGGUUGGGUUAGACACCAGUGAUGGGAACCUCUAUGAAAACACUGAAGAGAGAAUUUUUAAUUCCAAAGGCUGUGCCUUACUGGAUGCCAGAAAUCUAACUCCAGACAAACUGGUUCUCUAUUAUACAAUAGUCUAUCAACGCCUCACAGACUAUGUGCCCAUGCUGGUAACUCUCUUCAUGCUGAAGGCCGCAGCAAAGAUUUUGCGCCAUCAAACGAUGGAACUGAGAAUCGAAGCAGAUUUGGUCAAACUGCUCAGUGAAGAAUCAGAGAGAGGAUGCAAGAGGGCUGAUCUGAAGCAACGUCUGGAACGCCUGACACAAGCUCAAGAUCUGAUCAGCAGCAGACUCUAAUACUGCUGUCUGAUACAACAUGAAUCAGAAUCAUUUUAGCAUCAGGGAGAAAUAAAUCAUUUUUAAAUGCUUUUUAUUGAUAAAUAUAGCAAAUGUAACUGCAAAAUAUGAUAUCUUGGUUAAAAUAUGAAAUGAUGUAUUUGUGAUUUAUACUUGUGAUUUCAAAGUUUAUAGCAAAUUAAUGCAAAUGACUAACAUCUUAGUUCUAAGUUUGUAAUGAAAAUGAAAAAUAUGCCCCAUCUCUACCAUAUUACCAGCAGAUAAAAAAUAAACUGUGAUUAUUUUAUUUAUGAAUUUAUGGAAUUUAAUU